AUGGGCAAGAAGGGCCGCAAAGGUGUUGGCAAACGUGACGGCAACGGCAGAGCAGCCUCGUCAGGCGGCAACAAGAAGAUCCCACAAAAGCACAAGACGCAGCAAGUAGCAGGUAAACCAAAGUCCAAGCAGCAACAGCAGCAGCAGCAGCACAAUGGGCAAACUCGCUCGAAAAGCAGACCGAAAGCUGUGACAUCGGCCGAGCGCCUCGUGGAAAUGCGGCGCAAACUGGACGGCGGGAAGUUCCGCAUGCUCAAUGAACAGCUGUAUACGACCACAGGCGACGAGUCGUUCGAGACGUUCCAGAGCGACCCAGAGCUCUUCGACGUGUACCACCAGGGCUUUCGAGAGAUGUCGGACAAGUGGCCGACGAACCCUCUCGACACUUUUAUCGACUACGUCAAACGCCAUCCAGAGGCAGUGGUGGCGGAUUUCGGCUGUGGGGAUGCCAGGCUGGCCGAGAGCGUGCCAAAUAAGGUGCACUCGUUCGACCUCGUGUCUCGCAAAGAGCACGUGACUGCAUGCAAUAUUGCUCAUGUUCCGUUGAACGAUAGCUCUAUCGACAUUGGCGUGUAUUGCUUAGCGCUCAUGGGGACGAGUGUCCGCGAGUACGUGCGCGAAGUACACCGCGUGCUAAAGCCUGGGGGCGUGCUGAAGAUUGCCGAAGUGAAGAGCCGCUUUGAAAGUGAGACGCUGGGCGGGAUUCCUGGAUUCGUCCAGACCCUUCGUCAAAUGGGGUUCGACUGCAAGCACAAGGACGAGCGCAAUAAGAUGUUCGUGCUCUUUGAUUUUGUCAAGUCACUGCGCAACCCGCAGAGCGUCGGUCCGAUACAGUUCAAAGCGUGCGAGUACAAGCGACGAUAA